CCCUGCUCUCUGCCCUCCCUCCUCCACCUGCCGCAGAACUGAGCCCCCCAACUUGGAGGGGAGGUGCCCCAGGCUGGCGGCUGUGCCCCCGGGUGUGGCUGUGGAUGCCUGGCGGCCCCCCACAAGGACAGCCAGUGGGCAGGGCCCGCCAGGCUACAUCUUCCUUGCUGAGCACAUCGCAGGCCUGUCUGGAGGACAGCGACAGGGGGAGGAGGUGUGGACGCCUGAGGCUUUCCUCCCCGAAUCCAGCAGGGAGGAGAAUUUUUUGUUUUUCAGCCGUGGCUCGGCCUUGCCCACUUCCGUCCUGCCCUGGUCCCCUCUGACCCCCCAGGUUUCCCAGCCUAAUUUCCGUCUAUAACCAGGUUCCUAUUUUCUCUUUCCUGCGGUCACGGCCCUGCUCACUGUCAUCCCUAUUGAUCUUCCCUCUCUGUUUCUGUUUCAAAUGUCAAGGUCAUUUUUAAUUCUGAGCCAGUCGUUAGCUGCCCCGUCUGGGUGCACAGAGAGGACGGAGGACCAGCUCUCAUAGCAAGUAACUGAGCGCUGGAAGUUGGGUGUCCUGGCUCCUAAGCUAGUGCUGUGCCCGCGGUGCUGCUGCGUAGAUGGAUCUAGGGGUCAGUGCAGAAGAUGUUCCAGACCUAAGAGAUCGGCUAGAUCCGGGUGUGCCAGGGGUCCUCACUUGGAAAGGUUAAGAGAUGCUCAGAGGGCACAUUAUGGGAUGGUGAGGUCAGAUCUGUGCUUUACUGAGCCAUAGGUUGGACAUGGGCCCUAUCAUGGUGAAUGUCCAGUAAUGCCUGGACGGGGAGGCUGGCGGCGCUGGGAGCCUGCCUCCCAUCCGAGUGUCUCCAGAGGACCCUGGGAGGGGCCGGCGAGGGUGCCUGGGCCCAUGCCAGGGAUCCUCCAGCUCUCCAGCCGUCAGAGAACCUGUUGACAAGGGGCUUGUCGAAGGAGGGGUCCUGCGCGAUUAACUUUAUAGAUUCCGAGAGGAUACCUCACUUGAUGAAUAAAGGGGAAUCUAACGGGAUUCCCCCGAAGCCUUUGACAUGAGGUCGUAAGCGCGUCUGUCCUGACGUGGUAGGUGUCCAUGACAGGGUGUGCGGUUCCCUCAAUAAGCAGGUACAGAGUGUGGUCUUCUUUUUGUCAAAUUCCUUUAAAAUAUACGCCAGUAUGUGUAUCGGUGGGCUUGCACGUGCUCAGACACCGUCGUUCUGGAAGAAUAACUUGGCAAACGGGUCUGCAGCCUCCUUGCCAUUUUACUUUACACGCUUUUGUAACCUUUGCAAAAAUGUAAAGGCACAUGCAUUCCUUUCUUAAUGACGACAACAACGGAAAUACAACCACACUUUCAAAGCUUCUGGAUAAGAACUUGAAAAAAAAUUUGCAUCGCCCUUGGGCUGGAAGGGUAGGCUCUUUUAUAAUAGAUACGGAACUGGGGAACUGGCGUAAGAGACUGCCGGCCGAGGGUGGGGCCGAUCAGGUACUCAGCUUUUCUGGAAAGGUUGCAGGGGGAUUUAUUGCAGACCCUGUGGUCUCCAGGCGAAGGCCUGGGCUGGUAGGGCUCGGGUGAGAGUGGAGAACCGGCAGCUGGCUGCACCUGGAACGUGGUCUGGCUGCGGCAGAACACGUUAGCUUCCAAAGCUAUAGGGAUGGUGAUGGAGACUGAGUUCUGACCCAGGAUGGGGAACAAAUCCUCGAGGAUCUUCCCUGAAGGCUUUGGUCUGGUCGCCGCUGGCACCCAAACGGCUCCUGGGACCUGGAGAUACAUCCAGGGCCUCGGGCCUGGUCGGGAGUGCAAGUGACCCAACCCUGGCGUAUCCUGGGGAGCCACGUGCAGGGAGGACAAGACGGGGCUUCAGGAGGCCCUGCUGGGGGUGGAAGGGAUGCCUGGGAAACUCAUCUGGCAUGUGGGCUCAAGCUGUGCCUGACUCUGAUCUGGAGGCCUGGGAGCAGGUGGCAGUGACCCAGGUGACAGGGUGGAAAGGUGAGGAGGGGCAGAUACAAAUUCCUCUGCCUGUCACUGGGCAACAGCACCGACCUCCCCCUUCCACGGCCCAGUCCCCCCAGCCCCCCACCCAUGGGUGCUAUCUGGGAGCUUGAUUUGCCCUCUGAGGCUGCCCCUGUUAAAAGUGACACGAGGAGUUCCCUAGUGGCUCAGUGGGUUAAGGAUCAAUGCUGUGGCAUGGGUUUGAUCCCUGGCCCAGGAACUUCUGCCAGCUGCAGGCUCAUCCAAAAAAAAAAGAAAGAUGACAUGAGAAAGGGUAUGCGGACCUCUCUGGCCCCGCCCCACCCCUGGAGUAAGGCAGGAAAAUAAAUAAAAGGACAGGAGCAUGGAAGCAAGCCCAGAGCUGGUCCCUCUGUAGCCCGCCCCUGGCCCCAGGCUGCCUGGGGACGGAUGGGCAGGGCAAAGAAGUGACGAUGGGAGGCGGGCAGGCCUUGAUUUGCAUCUUGGCCCUACGACUGCUACUACAGUGACUGCACGACCUCCAAGACUCCGAGCUGCAGGGUUUUAUAUCCGUGAGUCAGGGAUAUAAGAAUAGCGUCCACGUCUUAUUGGUGUUGCUCGAAUCAAAUGAAAUAAUUGUACGAAAACGGCCGGCACUGUGCCUGGCACAGGGUAGGCGCUCAGGAGGUGUGAGUUCCUUUUCUCCGAGUGGGGUCAGGACAGGGCUGCAUGAGGGUGACUCAGGGGACCAGGCAAGAUGACGCCCUGAGGGGAGGCAGGGCCUGUUUCCUCCUCUGAAAAGCCAGGAUUUGGCGGGUUGGUUUCUGAGCCCUUCAGGCCCGGUCUGCUGAACUUGGCCUUUCAUCUGGAUGCACUUCCAUCCAUCUCUGGAGUCCGUGCGCACCGGGGACCCAGCGCGUCCCCCAGGCCCUUGGCCCUCUCCCUCCCUGCCCUUUGGCCUCUUUGGGUCCAGAGCAUGCAGUGGCCUCUCCCCGAGUUGUUGGGCCUGCUGGCAGGGCUGGCUCUGCCCCCUGGCCCACAGACAGGCAUGGGAGGGUCUAGACCACAGCUGGGGCGCAGCGACGGUUCUUAAUGGUUUUCUUACCAGCAACAAUGUGGUGCUUGUUGCCACUCUGUCACUGGCCUGUGGUUCCCAGCUCAACCAGCAGUGGCCUGAGGGCCUGCCUGGUACAGGGAGCUCAGCUGGGAGGCCCGGUGGGCAGGCAGUUGCUUCUGCACUUUCUUUUGUCAGCAUCCUCCGUGCAGCCUGGACUCCGAGAGACGGCACGGGUGGAGCCACUGGAAGGCCAACCCACAGGCAGCCUGAGGCCGAGGCCGGUUCAGCAGAAUUUCACUCCGCACCAGGAUCUAUGUCUAAGUUUUAACUCUUGCUUACCAAGACCACGAUAAUUCCUUCCCCAAAGCCCAGCAGCCCCCCAGCCCCGCGCAGCCCCAGCCUGCCUCCCACCGCCCAGCUGCCCGCGAUGCCCGCCAGCGGCCCCGGGGACACCAGCGGCUCCGCUCCGGAGCGGGAAGAGGACCGCAAGGAGGGAGAGGAGCAGGAGGAGGCUCGCGGCAAGGAGGAGCGGCAGGAGCCCAGCACAACUACGCGGAAGGUGGGGCGGCCUGGCAGGAAGCGCAAGCACCCCCCGGUGGAAAGCAGCGACACGCCGAAAGACCCCGCGGUGACCUCCAAGUCCCCGUCCAUGGCCCAGGACUCAGGCCCCUCAGAGCUGUUACCCAACGGGGACUUGGAGAAGCGGAGUGAGCCUCAGCCGGAGGAGGGGAGCCCCGCCGGGGGGCAGAAGGGCGGGGCCCCAGCGGAGGGAGAGGGCGCGGCCGAGACCCCGUCCGAAGCCUCCAGAGCCGUGGAGAAUGGCUGCUGCACCCCCAAGGAUGGCCGGGGAGCCCCUGCGGAGGAGGGCAAAGAACAGAAGGAGACCAACAUCGAAUCCAUGAAAAUGGAGGGCUCCCGGGGCCGGCUGCGGGGUGGCUUGGGCUGGGAGUCCAGCCUCCGCCAGCGGCCCAUGCCGCGGCUCACCUUCCAGGCGGGGGACCCCUACUACAUCAGCAAGCGCAAGCGGGACGAGUGGCUGGCACGCUGGAAAAGGGAGGCUGAGAAGAAAGCCAAGGUGAUCGCAGUCAUGAACGCCAUGGAAGAAAACCAGGGGUCCACCGAGUCUCAGAAGGUGGAGGAGGCCAGUCCGCCCGCCGUGCAGCAGCCCACAGACCCCGCCUCCCCCACCGUGGCUACCACACCUGAGCCCGUGGGGGCCGAUGCCGGGGACAAGAAUGCCACCAAAUCAGCCGAUGAUGAACCGGAGUAUGAGGACGGCCGGGGCUUUGGCAUUGGGGAGCUGGUGUGGGGGAAACUGCGGGGCUUCUCCUGGUGGCCAGGCCGCAUUGUGUCUUGGUGGAUGACCGGCCGGAGCCGAGCAGCGGAAGGCACCCGUUGGGUCAUGUGGUUCGGAGACGGCAAGUUCUCGGUGGUGUGUGUGGAGAAGCUGAUGCCGCUGAGCUCCUUCUGCAGCGCCUUCCACCAGGCCACCUACAACAAGCAGCCCAUGUACCGCAAAGCCAUCUAUGAAGUCCUGCAGGUGGCCAGCAGCCGUGCGGGGAAGCUCUUCCCGGUGUGCCAUGACAACGACGAGAGCGACACUGCCAAGGCUGUGGAGGUGCAGAACAAGCAGAUGAUCGAAUGGGCCCUGGGAGGGUUCCAGCCCUCUGGCCCCAAGGGUCUGGAGCCACCAGAAGAGGAGAAGAACCCUUACAAAGAAGUUUACACAGACAUGUGGGUUGAACCCGAGGCAGCUGCCUAUGCACCACCCCCACCAGCCAAAAAGCCCCGAAAGAGCACAACUGAGAAGCCCAAGGUCAAGGAGAUAAUUGAUGAACGCACAAGAGAGCGGCUGGUGUAUGAGGUGCGGCAGAAGUGCCGGAACAUCGAGGACAUUUGCAUCUCCUGUGGAAGCCUCAACGUCACCCUGGAACACCCUCUCUUCAUCGGAGGAAUGUGCCAAAACUGCAAGAACUGCUUCCUGGAGUGCGCGUAUCAGUACGACGAUGACGGCUACCAGUCCUACUGCACCAUCUGCUGCGGGGGCCGCGAGGUGCUCAUGUGCGGGAACAACAAUUGCUGCAGGUGCUUUUGCGUGGAGUGCGUGGAUCUCUUGGUGGGGCCGGGGGCCGCGCAGGCAGCCAUUAAGGAAGACCCCUGGAACUGCUACAUGUGCGGGCACAAGGGCACCUACGGGCUGCUCCGGAGGCGGGACGACUGGCCCUCUCGGCUCCAGAUGUUCUUCGCCAAUAACCACGACCAGGAAUUUGACCCUCCGAAGGUCUACCCACCUGUCCCAGCCGAGAAGAGGAAGCCCAUCCGGGUGCUGUCUCUAUUUGAUGGAAUCGCUACAGGGCUUCUGGUGCUGAAGGACUUGGGCAUCCAGGUGGAUCGCUACAUCGCCUCCGAGGUGUGCGAGGACUCCAUCACCGUGGGCAUGGUGCGGCACCAGGGCAAGAUCAUGUACGUCGGGGACGUCCGCAGCGUCACGCAGAAGCAUAUCCAGGAGUGGGGCCCAUUCGAUCUGGUGAUUGGGGGCAGUCCCUGCAAUGACCUCUCCAUCGUCAACCCCGCCCGCAAGGGACUCUACGAGGGCACGGGCCGGCUCUUCUUUGAGUUCUACCGCCUCCUGCAUGAUGCGCGGCCCAAGGAGGGAGAUGAUCGCCCCUUCUUCUGGCUCUUUGAGAAUGUGGUGGCCAUGGGCGUUAGUGACAAGAGGGACAUCUCGCGAUUUCUCGAGUCCAACCCUGUGAUGAUCGACGCCAAAGAAGUGUCCGCUGCACACAGGGCCCGCUACUUCUGGGGAAACCUUCCUGGUAUGAACAGGCCGUUGGCAUCCACUGUGAAUGAUAAGCUGGAGCUGCAGGAGUGUCUGGAGCACGGCAGAAUAGCCAAGUUCAGCAAAGUGAGGACCAUUACUACGAGGUCGAACUCCAUAAAGCAGGGCAAAGACCAGCAUUUCCCCGUCUUCAUGAACGAGAAAGAGGACAUCCUGUGGUGCACUGAGAUGGAAAGGGUGUUCGGCUUCCCCGUCCACUAUACCGACGUCUCCAACAUGAGCCGCUUGGCGAGGCAGAGACUGCUGGGCCGGUCGUGGAGCGUGCCGGUCAUCCGCCACCUCUUCGCUCCGCUGAAGGAAUAUUUUGCUUGUGUGUAAGGGACGUGAGGGCAAACCGAGGUAGUGACACAAAGUUGUUAAGCAAACAAACAAAAAACAAAAAACACAACAAAACACCAAGAACAUGAAGAUGGAGAGAAGUAUCAGCACCCAGAAGAGAAAAAGGAAUUUAAAACAAACAAAACGCAGGCGGAAAUUCCGGAGGGCUUUGCCUUGGACAAAGGGUUGGACAUCAUCUCCUGAUUUUUCAAUGUUACUCUUCAGUCCUAUUUAAAAACAAAACCAAGCUCCCUCCCCAGCCCACCCCCCCCUUUUUGGGUGAAACCUUUUGUUUUCUACUCUUUUCAGAGGGGUUUUCUGUUUGUUUGGGUUUUUGUUUCUUGCUGUGACUGAAACAAGAGGGUUUAUUGCAGCAAAAAAAAAAAAAAAAAAAAAAAAAUUGGUAACAAAAAAUAGUAACCAUACCUUGCAGAAGAAAGAUGGAAGAGAAAGAAAAAAGGAAAUUCUAUAGAAAUUUAUAUAUUGGAUUUUGUUCUUUCGGUUUUUUUUUUUUUUUGGUUGUUUUUUUGUUUGUUUUUUUUUUACUAUAUAUCUUUUGUUGUUGUCUCUAGCCUGAUCAGAUAGGAGCACAAGCAGGAGACAGAAAACAGACACUCAGGCGGCAGAGUUCCCUCCCAGCCACUGAGCUGUCUUGCCAGCACCAUUCCUGGUCAUGCAAAACACAACCCAACUAGCAGCAGAGAGACGAGAACACCAUACAAGACCCUUUUAUACAGUAUUCAGGUGCCUACCACACAGGAAACCUUGAAGAAAAUCAGUUUCUAGAAGCCACUGUUACCUCUUGUUUACAGUUUAUAUAUAUAUGAUAGAUAUGAGAUAUAUAUAUAUAAAAGGUACUGUUAACUACUGUACAACCCGACUUCAUAAUGGUGCUUUACAACAGUGAGAUGAGUAAAAACAUCAGCUUCCACGUUGCCUUAUGUGCAAAGGGUUUUCCCCACGGAGGAUGGAGAAAGGGAGACAGCUGGGAGGUGAGCCGUUACCGAGGUGGGGUUUGGCCCCCCCGCCCCUUGGUGCUUCACCAAAGGCGAAGGAGGAGAAUCUGGGAACAGCAUUCUCCCGCUUCUCCCUGCCAAACGAAGGGGGUGAGAUUCGGUGGUCGGGACCGUGGAAAGCUGCGAGUGGGAUCCAUCCAGGCUCACGCAAUAACAACCUUUCGAAUUUUUUUUUUUUUUUUUUUUUUUUUUUUUUUUUUUUUUUUUUUAAAGGAGACUCCCUCGGCAAGAUGGCAGGAUGAGGGGUCUUCACUCCCAAUUUCUCACAUUAGCCGAUUCGAGGGCUCCUUGCAGUGGGAUCAGAAAAAAAUCCAGAGUGCGGGCAGGUGACAGUUCAAACCCCACCUGGAGCAAAUAAAAAAACAUACAAAACGUACUGGUGCUUUCCUGUCUAAGUCGCUUUUUGUGUGUUCUUUUAUGAGGCCCCCACCAUCCACCCUCUGUGCACAAGGCGGCUUCCAGCCCCUGGAACGUGAUGUUUUUGGUCAUCUCCAAAGGCUGCAGUUUUAUACUGGGAGGCUGAUGACACCUUUUGUUAUAAUUAUUCUUAUGGUUCUGGUUAUAAUUAUGUUUGUUUUCGGAUUUUCUUUAAGAAAACAAAAACCCAACCCCUCCUCCCUUUAGGUUUCAAAACAAGGUGCGGGGAGCAGGGUGCUUCUACGCUAGUGGUGGCCCUGGUGCCCUGGCUCCCCACCCCUCGGGCCAGGUGGGCCACUGGGCGCAGCGACAGCUGGGCGGCCAGGGGGUCCCCGAGGCUGGCCUUCCGGGCGCGGCCCUCUUCUCUUCUGCUUCCCUCCUCUCUAGUUGUGUGUCAGGGCUGGAGGGAGGACGGGGCGUCUCUCCCCCCGUGUGUGAUUGGAGUGCUGUGUCUUUCUUUUCUAGUACUUGGUCUGAUGAUAGCUGUGCUCUUACCUCGAGUCAGCAGCACCUGGAGCCCCAAGUGCGCGACACUUGGUCCCGCUUCCCACCGAGGCAGGCGGCCUGGCGUUGGCGGUAGGCAGGGACAGCAGGGGUGGCUCCAGGGUGAGGGCCCAAUGGGCAGAUGCCUGCCUGGAUAGAUGGGGUGUAGAUAUGUGGCAUAUAGAGAUUUAUAUUUUAUAAGGGGAGGGGGGAAUGGCACCUCCUGGGACUGGCAGGGCUGGGAGGUGUGCUGUCAAGCACAUGGGCCCACGUUCGCAUCCCUUGAAAGAUAGGGCCUACGGUGAUAGGCGCUGUAUAAAUACAUAGAUAGGGUCACGUAUAAGAAAUAUUAUGUCGUGGGGAGCGGGGGAAGGAGGCUCAGUGCUGAGCCUCGGGCCCCACUGCAGACAAGCCCCACACCAAUCAAUCCAUCCCAGACGCACACACAGGAACAUGUUUCUAUACUGAUGUAUAACGAAUGUGCGUGUGUGCCCGUGCGUGUGUGUGUGUGGGCGCACACACACGCACAGACACACACGCAGCCAGGGAGCUCCCAGCGCGCUUCUCCCCUGGAUUCAGGACUUGGCGGAGUCGGCCCUGCAGCUCUUUACCUCUGUUGCCCUGAUUGCAGGUGGACUGUCAAUCCCAGAAGUUGCUAGGUGCUGAAAGCAGGAAAAGGAGGAGGUUUUCUUUUAGCAGGUGCUCUCCUCUAGCAGGUAGCGUUUCUCUCUCUUUUGCCCCUGGUGAUGUCAAAAGAUUCUUCAGUUAGCAACCUGUGACACUGACCUGCAACCCUAGGCACCAGUCAAGUCAGCCCUCAGCUCCCCCUACCUAUUCUACCGAUUUCCAAAACGAAACUGACAUCCAGGGCUGUCUUGGCCAGGGGGCUUCCAUUCGGAAAAAAAAUGGGACCUCGAACCUCAUCUUGUGAAUAAAGCAAAUCAGUAGUUGGUGACAAAACUUCAACCAAGCUUUGAAUCCCUUGCUCAUUGCUCAGGAGGAAGCUCACGGCUGGCGGCCCCGGCCUCCUCCUUUUAGGGGUGCUUAGUCUGGACUCCACGAUACUCACUUCCUGCUCAGAUUGGUUUUUCGGAUCAUCCCCAGUUGCUCCCUGCCAGCUCCGCACUGUGACGGCAGGUGGUGACGAUGGGCUCCCGCGAGGGCCUGGAGCAGCUGGGGGGGAUCCCUGUGCCCCUCCCUCGUUGGAGUCUGUACCUAACUGUGGUGCUCACCCCGCCCCCUCCUUCUCCGGCCAGGCUCCAUCUUCCUGGCCUGGAGCCCACCAGCACCACUCCAGGAGGCUGGGGGAGGAGGGCUGCCGCAGGCAGUCCAAGGUGCUCCCUCCCCCGCCGGCCCGGCCAAGGUCUUCCCAGCCCCAGGGUCGGGAUGGUCUCGUCCUCUGCGCACAGACUUGCCAGCCCUUUGGGCUCUCCAGGGCCUCUUGUCUGCAGCUUGUGUGCAGGAGUUUGCCCUUCCCAGUGGUCCAAGCUCCACCCAAGGGGUCCAUGUGGUAGCCGAGGAUGUGGCUGAGCCUGUGGGGUCCGCGUGGGCCGGGCAGCUUGCUCCGUGGGGGCCUGGUGGUUGUGUCUGACACCUGUUCCUCCCAGUGUAGCGACCCGACUAGGCCCGAGGGGGCUAGAUGCGCCCUUGCAGGCGUGAGAGUUAAUCACCAGCUUUCCUUGCAGCCACACCCGUGGGCUCGGCCCCACAGCAGAACUUGGUAGGGUACAGGGACCUUGGGACUGUGCCAUCUUGGCCAAGCCCGGGCACUCUUCACAGUCUGCUUCCAACCCUGGGGGUGCUUCUGGGGACAGAAAUCGGGCCACCUUCGGAAGGGGAUUUGUGCCUGGACAGGCUGGGGCGAGGCUGUGUGGGGAUGAAGACGGGGGAUGGUUAUCCUUGCUGUGCGCCAGGCUGAGGGUAGAGGCAGGAGAGACCAAGCUAGGGAAAGUUCUGGAGCCUGUUCCCUGGAGGGAGGGGCUUCUUUCUGAAGAACAGGCCCAUUUAACAAAUCCCUAGAACCUGAGGAUGCUGUCCCCUACGUCCCGCAGGUGCCAAGUGGAGUGUGGUGCCAAAGACACCUGUGGCUCUGGCCCCGGGGGAGGUAGCCGGGGCUCCGGCCAGGGUCACAGAGCCCUGGGUCGCCUGCCCCAGGAGGAAGCUUGUCUCCAGCAGGUGGCUGCUGAGCCCCUUCCCUGGGGACUGACCAAAGGCUGGGGUGCAGCGGGUGAGGACUGGGGGGUCUUGCAGUCAGUGGGUGACAGCCCCGUGUACCACUGUCCGUUUUUCUUUCUAGACCCCAGACCCUUCCUGCUAUCGAACCUUCUGCUAGGAAGCAAAUUUCCCAAAAGAGCAUGCAGGACCGCUUAGCUUUUGAGACGGGCCAGGAGUGGUUGGCUGGCGAAGAUGCCUGUGUGGGUUUUUGGUGAGUCGCUAGGCUUUGGGGCAGGCAGACCCGGCAGGGAGGGAAGCUGGUGGCAGUGGGCUGCUGAGGGCCGGCUCCCCUGACUUUUCCCGGGGCGGCAAGGUGGGAAGAGCCCACCGGCUCCAGCACAGGCAGGGCUGUGACCGCAGCGAGGGAAGGACCACUUCAGUGGAGCCGUUCGGGGACUGGUCUCGGUCUUGGUCUCUGGGAUGACAUCAGUAGAGAGAACGUGGAUCUGGGAGGCGGUUCUGAAUUCCUGUGGCUGUUCUGCUCGGUGCAGAGACGCCCUGGCACUGGUGUCUUUCAGAGGUGUCAUUUUCAGGAGACUCGCAGGCUUCGAGCGGUGGGGCCUGCCUGGCACCGUGAUCUGACGAGGGCUGGUCGUUUCUGUGGUCAGGGCAGCAGCAGAGCAGAGAGGCUGGUGAGAGCUGGGUUUCUAGCCAGACCCCGUUUGGACCCCAGGAGGUGAGGACUCUGAAUUUGUCAUUGGGCAUGGUCCAGGCUGGAUGCUCCCAGCGCUUGUGGUUAGAGGUGACACUGGAGUUGUCCUGCCCUCUUUCCUCCACCUUGGGAGGGAUGGUGUAGAGCUGGAGUGGCCCUCCUGGCCGUUCCCUGCCCAGGCAGGGAUUAGCCACAAGUGUUCGGAGGAUCCAAGAGGAAAGAGAAUAGAUUUCUGUCAAGGGUGGAUGCCACUGUUCUAGCAGGAGCUCGCAAAUCUUUACGUUUUGGUAAAGGAAGGCUGAGGUCUUUAGGAGGCGAGGGCGCCCUUGUACUUCAGAGUCCCGGCCGAGCGUGGCUUUGGUUGGUGACCUGCUGUUCACCACUGACCCUCGGCAGCAGAGUUCGGGGAGAGGGAGAAACAAGCAGGUCGCAGGCAGGAAGGACGAGGAGGGAGGGGGGGCCCUUGGCCCUUUGCGACUGACUAAGUUGCCCAAACCGAGGCCCGCAGUCUCCUGUGACUCCAGUAACUGGAACCCCCCCUCCCCCCAGGGGCGUGGGAGGGCGGCUCUCUCACCCUCCCAUCCCCCCACCCCCCAUUCCCCCCACCCCCACUUCCUCCGGGGGGGGGGGGCCUCCAGCCCUGGGCCUGAGGACAUGAGCAGGGAUCAGAGAGCAUCACCUGAGUCCCAUUUCACUUCACAGACUGAUUUGGUUGCACAGCCCUAGAAUCCAACCAACCCCCCAAAUGCUGAAAUUCCUUAGAAUACGCAGAGGGAGGAGGUGACUCAACAAGGUGCUAAAACAUUUUAUUAAAAAUAUAUAUUGUUAAAUUAAGUCUGCUGUCUGGACAAUGACUGUUUGUUUUGUUUUCUUGUAGUGGAGUUUAAAAGAGACUAUUAUUUUACUCUGAUAUAUUAUUAUUAAAAAGGCAUUUUAACUUUGUACUUGAAAACUAAAUGAGCGAUUUCAUGUGUUUUAGCUGAGGCAUUGAAGUAGCGGGUGCUUACCUAUUUGUGGGAAAUCAUGUAUUCAUACUGAAGAAUAAAAUCCGUAGCUGAUUUGGUAAUAACUUUUACUGUUACAGACGAUUUCGCUUUGACCCCCGGCGGGAGAGCACUUUUACUGCACAUUCCACGCAGCUAAAUGCAGGACUUACUCCCCGGACCCUUCCCCUCCCAGCCCUGUUUCCUUUCUCUUCAGUUCCUCUUCUGACUCUCUGUCGUUGUUGUUUUUUUCUUUUCUUUUUUUUUCUUCCUUCCUGGUUCCAGCAUCCUUUCACCACUGUAUUUUUUUUUUUUUUUUUUUUUUAGGGUUGCUUCUCUAUUUAUUGACAAUAAUAAUGUACAUUUCACAGUCUGGUUCUGGAACGCUGGGGAGGGGCGCGAGUGAGAGGGCCCUGGUGGGUCCCCACUCCCGCCUCCCGGGGUUCCCGUUGUAUCUCUGUGUAAGUGAUGCUCGUGACAUAGCUGUUUAUGAAAUAAUUAUAAAGAGGUCAGUGCGUACAGCAGAUGUAGAAAGUCUGUCAGUUCCGCCUUCAUCACAUAUUUUUUUUUUUUUGUGCCCAAAAUAUAAUAAAGCUCCUUUCUAAUGUACUUGUGCUGGAGAACACUUGAAUAAAUGGACUGUUUUUGUGCAAAAAGAAAAACAGAAAAA